GUCGGUGCACCCAAUGACUGCCGCUCAUAGAUACAGCAUUGCUCGAAAAAUGAAGCUGCUCUGCCUUGCACAGCUCCUUCACUUCGCUCACGCUGCGCAGCCUGCCCUCAGACGCCGCUCUCUCAUUGCUACUGCUCCGCUGACGCUGCUGCGGCCGGCGCACGCGGCCGAGCGCUACAUCGAUCAAAAGGUCGUCGCUGAACUAGGCGCCGACGGGCAGCCCGUCGCGUACGAGACCGUGCGGCGCCUCACGGGCGAGGGCACGGGCCUGGAUCUGUCGCGGAACGAGGACAUCUCAGAGCGGAUCUUCAUCGACGCCGCGAACUGGCCCGCGGCGGCGCCCUUCUCGGAAAACGACUUCAAGCGGCUCGACGAGAAUGACGACGCGCAGUUCUAUCCCGCCCAGCAGCCGCGCCUGGUCUAUCAUAUUGAUGAGGGCGCCGUCGCCGCGCUGACGGCGUACUACAAGCGCGAGAUCAAGCCGGGGAGUGACGUCCUCGACAUCUGCAGCAGCUGGGUCAGCCACUACCCGCAGAACCUGAAGAUGGGACGCGUCGCCGGCACAGGGAUGAACGAGCGAGAACUGCGGGCGAACACGCAGCUCACGGAGUUCACGCAGCGCGAUUUGAACAAGGUCCCGCAGCUACCGUACAAGGACCGGAGCUUCGACGUGGUAACGUGUGUGGUCUCCAUUGAUUAUCUUACUCAGCCGAUCAAAAUCCUGAAGGAAGCCCGGCGCGUGUUGCGGCCGGGCGGAAAGGUCAUCCUCUCGCAGUCUAACCGGAUGUUUAUGACGAAAGCGGUGCGGAUGUGGGUCAGCAUGGGCGACGAGGACCAUCUGGAGUUGAUCGGUCAAUAUUUGAAGUACGCCGGCGGCUACGGUGCGCCGGCGGCGUACGACAUCUCCGCGAAGGGCCGCGGGGCGCGGGACCCGAUGUAUAUCGUGACCGCGACGGCCGUGUAGCGUAAUUGUUGUUGUGUCUA